CGGAGGAGAUGGCUCAGUCACCUGCACUUCGUUCAGAGUACUUGGUCUCAGGGAUGCGAACCCCCCCUGCCCGGAGGAACAGCAAACUGGCCACACUGGGCAGAAUCUUCAAGCCAUGGAAGUGGAGGAAAAAGAAAAGUGAAAAGCUUAAGCAGACAUCUGCAGCCCUAGAGAAGAAGAUUUCCACCAGGCAGAGCCGGGAUGAGUUUAUCAAGAAGGGAUUGCUGGAGAUAAUGGAGCAAGAUGCUGGAUCCAAAGCCUGUUCUGAUGAUGAGUCCACAGGAGAUAUCCAAAAUGACCUUUCACCCCCAACGUGCCAGGCACUUACCACGGAAGAGAUAUUCCAAGAACUCUCUGCCCCAGUAAAUGCCAACCCACUGAGCGAAGAUCAGCAGCCAGAGCAGGAAGAGGAGGAAACAGGCAGAGUUCAUAUAUUAGUUGCUGAUGACUGCAAUCUGUCCAACCUGCCAUCCGUGGAAAAGGCGCUACAAGCUUUACUGCAAGCUGACUCUGUGGACUGUCCUGUGUUAGACAUAGAUGCAGGUCAGAUGCCCAGCCCUCAUCUGCUUCCAAUGCCACAGCCAAAGGCAGUCUCUUGGGUCAACCAGUGUGUAACAGGUAUUGAAAUGGAAGAAAAUGCCUUGAAAUCUCCGCCCUCAAUCAUCAUGAAGAGUACUGCACCAGUAGUUUCCUCCCAUAUCUCAGGACAUACCAAUAUCUUCCAGCCAUCUGCCCAGAAAACUACAGAACCCCAUGGACAAUUUGUGAGAGGGCAGCACCACACGCCAACAGGCUCUCCUCACUUACCUGCCAUGCAUAUGCCUUUACCCUCCAGCAGAGUCAUUGAAGAGCUCCACAGGGCACUAGCUACCAAGCACCGGCAAGAUAGCUUUCAUGGUCGGGAUAAUAAGCCUUCUCCAAAGAAAAGGUUGGAUUUCCGGUCGUCCAGGCCCUCAAGUGUAGAAAAAAGCAAGGAUAACAUUAACUCUCAUGAUGGAGACACUGAGAACAAAUGUGCAUCUGUGAAGGAGUCAGAUGAAAACAAAGAAAACUUGAUCAGGGAUUGUGGUCAUAACGAUGACAUGUUUUUAUAUCAGGACGAGGAGGCCCUUAACGACUCUAUUAUCUCUGGGACAUUACCAAGAAAGUGUAAAAAGGAACUGCUGGCUGUAAAGCUGAGGAACAGACCCAGCAAACAGGAGCUGGAGGACAGAAACAUCUUUCCCCAGAGAACAGAUGAGGAGAGACAGGAGAUCCGACAGCAAAUUGAAAUCAAACUUUCAAAGCGACUGAGCCAAAGACCCGCAGUGGAGGAGCUGGAAAGAAGAAAUAUUCUGAAACAAAGAAAUGACCAAACUGAGCAAGAAGAGAGAAGAGAAAUAAAACAGAGGUUAACAAGGAAGCUUAAUCAACGCCCUACUGUAGAUGAACUAAGAGAGCGGAAAAUCUUAAUACGAUUCAGUGAUUAUGUGGAGGUGGCAAAAGCGCAGGAUUACGAUAGGAGAGCCGACAAGCCUUGGACGAGAUUAUCUGCAGCUGACAAGGCUGCAAUCCGUAAAGAACUAAAUGAAUAUAAAAGUAAUGAAAUGGAAGUGCACGCGUCAAGCAAACAUUUGACCAGAUACCACAGGCCGUAAAAAUAUUCUUGAGGGAAGAAUGAGUUCUACUUUAAUCUAAACUGCUGAACAUGUUCCAGGAGGAGCAGUAAUGGGCAGUCCUGAGGUUCAGCGUCUGGCGCUCUGACUUUCGAGGAGAAAGAAUGAUUGGGGCAAUACAGAUAAAUUGUCUGUGACCCUUCCUUAUAUGGGACAGAUCAGAGAUGCAUUCAAUACGUAUGACGGGGAAUACCCUAAUGUGAGAGAAAAACCAGCUCAAGGACACACACGCAAAAUAAAAAGGGGGUAAAUGAUGGAGACUGGAUGGAAACUGCGGUUCGUGUCUAUGACUUAUUUCAAGCUGUAUAUUGCAGCGUAUCUUGGGAUGCUGUGCAUGUGUGGGCUUCACUAUGGCAAGAUCAUAAUGGACAUGCACCCAGCACCUCAUAAAGUAUUACAUUGACAUGACAUGUCAGUCUAAUCACGGUUUAUUUGUAUCUAUUCAAAUUCAUGCUUCGGCAAAAUAUUUUCAUGUUUUAUAUUUUUGUUUCCUUUUUUAUGUCUUACAAAAUAACAGCUAUUUUUUGUUUCUUGUUAAGUUUAUCUUAUUAAAAUACUAAAAGUUGCUGCAA